ACGCUUGCCUCGCUUAAGGCUACGGAGUGGUCAAGCGGAAAGUACGGGACUCGAAUCCUCGCCGUAAUUUCCACCGUCCUGGCCAAGCGCUGUCCUCUCUCCUACUCGUUUCCAUUGUCUCAGAUCCCUGCCGCGUUAGGACCCUAAAAAUUCGGUCUAUUGUUGCCGGGGGAACAUCUUUGCGGGGCACUCAAGUCCUGGAGCCCCCGCCCCCCUUCCUAGCACCAGCCCACGGGAAUGAAGGUCUUCAGCCGGUGGGCGGGGCGCCUCCGCAGUGGCCCAAUGAUAGUCGAGGACGUAGAAGGUUCCCAGUAACGCCGUGGAGUAGGCGGGGCGUCCUGCCCGGACUUGAAGCGGCUCUGAAAGGUCCGACAGGCGGGUCGCAAGUUGUAUAUCCAUGUGGCGGGAGCUGUGGACCUUGGCGGCCCGGGCGGCUCGUGGGUCUCGCAGACUGUGCACAGGCCAGAGCAGCCGUGCCCCGGCCUUCGGUUCUGGGGCCACCAUCUUCGCGCUAAGCUCAGGCCAAGGCCGCUGCGGCAUAGCAGUGAUCCGAACCAGCGGCCCCGCCAGCAGCCACGCUCUCCGGAGCCUCACGGCGCCCCGGGACCUGCCCCCGGCCCGCAGCGCCAGCCUACGUCUGCUCAGCGACCCGCACACUGGGGAACCGCUGGAUCGUGCACUGGUGCUCUGGUUCCCUGGUCCCCAAAGUUUCACGGGUGAGGACUGUGUGGAGUUCCACGUACAUGGAGGCCCGGCCGUGGUGAGUGGAGUCUUACAGGCUCUGGGCAGUGUGCCAGGGUUACGGCCAGCUGAGGCUGGAGAAUUCACCAGGCGGGCGUUCGCCCAUGGGAAGCUGAGCCUCACAGAGGUGGAGGGGCUGGCCGACCUGAUCCACGCGGAAACUGAAGCGCAGCGUCGCCAGGCCUUGAGGCAGCUGGACGGCGAGCUGGGCCAACUCUGCCGCAGCUGGGCCGAGACCCUCACCAAGGCUCUGGCCCAUGUGGAGGCCUACAUCGACUUUGGGGAGGAUGACAACCUGGAGGAUGGUGUCCUGGAGCAAGGUGGGCCCACAUGGGGGUCGAAGGUGGAGAUGGCUGGCAUCCUCAGCUUCCAGAGGCCCUCCUCACCCACACCUCUCUGCCUGCUUUCCCCGUCCACAGCGGACAGUGAAGUGCAGGGGCUGGUGGUGGCACUGGACGCGCAUCUACGAGAUGCCAGGCGUGGGCAGCGGCUCCGCUCAGGGGCACACGUCGUGGUCACUGGACCCCCCAAUGCCGGCAAAAGCAGCUUGGUGAACCUCCUCAGCCAGAAGCCUGUGUCCAUCGUGUCCCCAGAGCCAGGGACUACCCGUGAUGUGCUGGAGAUCCCUGUGGACCUGGCUGGGUUCCCCGCAUUGCUGAGUGACACCGCGGGAUUGCGGGAGGGCGUGGGGCCCGUGGAGCAGGAGGGCGUGCGCCGGGCCCGUGAGAGGUUGGGGCAAGCUGACCUCAUUUUGGCAGUGCUGGAUGCCUCUGACCUGACCUCUCCCUCCAGCUGCAAUUUCCUGGACACAGUUGUAGCCCUGCUAGGAGCCCAGAGCCAGCGCCUCCUGCUAGUGCUGAACAAAUCUGACCUGCUGCCCCCUGAGGGCCUGGGCCCCAGUCUUGACCUGCCCCCCCACCUGCUGCUGUCUUGCUUGACCAGAGAGGGGCUGGACGGCCUCCUGGAGGCCCUAAAGAAGGAACUGGCUGCAGUGUGUGGGGACCCAUCCACAGGCCCGCCACUCCUGACUCGCACCAGACACAGGCAUCACCUCCAGGGCUGCCUGGACGCCCUUGGCCACUACAACCAGACUCGAGACCUGGCCUUGGCGGCUGAGGCUCUGCGUGUUGCCCGGAGGCACUUGUCCCACCUCACAGGGGGAGGGGGCACAGAGGAGGUCCUGGACAUCAUCUUCCGGGACUUCUGUGUGGGCAAGUGAAGGGUGACCCAGAAGCCAUGGGACAUCUGGAGCAGCUCUUCUCCUCCUCCCAGAACAGUGCAGCACUUCAGCGAGCUUCGGGGUAGCGAGCUCCCUGCAGGUGCGGGGGCCCAGGCCUUGGGGAAGGGCUACAGGGAGGUUGCUUUGGGCACCAGAUGCUGGGGUGUGCAUGGAGGGCUGGCUGGAGGUGGGAAGAUCUCAGGGGUCUUUGUUUCAUGGUUUCUGUUUUAUUUUUUGCUGGCCUGGGGAUGCAGCUUGGGCCUCGGUUACUAGGCAAGUGUUCUACCAUGGAGCCACACCCCAGACCCAUGGCGGUAACUUAUUGUGCAAGUACCCAGGGAAUGUGAACAACUCAAGUGAUCCAGAAAUGUUUCAACAUGGGAAUCUCCCUACUUGCCCUCUACUGAGGCCACAGCUUAAUAGGAGAAUUUAUAGAACCUUCUCUGCAUAUUUGCAUACUUGUGGAUACACCUAUGAAUUAGAUAUGGGUUUGUUUGUUUGUCUGGUGCUGGGGAUGUAACCCCAGGCAUGCCAAGCACCAAGCACGUGCUCUAUCUGAGCCGCACUCUCAGCCCUGAGAUUUGUAUUUUGCAUAUAAAUUGUGUUUAUUGCUCUA